AUGGACAUCAAUUCACAUUAUAUAGCCUGUGGCAUAUGCUUCAAUGACUACACAGGAUCCGAGCAAAUCAAAGACUAUCUAUUGAUGACUUCGUGCGCUCACAUAAGCUGCAAUAGCCACUUUACUAAUGAUGAAUCAUCGGGCAAGCCACACUGUUGCCCUGUAUGUGGUAACAGAGACAUUACCACAGUGACAAUCGAUGAUUCUAUUCCACCGGAGUUGAAGAGGUUCUUUACACCAAUUACACAACAAAUUGACGAAUUCAAUAGCUCAUGCAAGUUUCAAUUCAUCGCCCUUGUUGAAAAGAUUAACUAUUUGAAGCACGCAAAUGGCAAAUUGAGACAAAAGAUAUCAAAACAAAAAGACUUUCUUUAUGCAGCUAAAGAAGAGAUUACUCAUUUGAACAAAUAUAAGUCACAAGUGGAGGAUUUGAAGCAAGAAGUGGAAAGUCUCAAGCAAAAGAUGGAGGAGUACAAUCGUCCAGAGACAUUUGAGCUCACCAAUGAUGACGAAGUUGAGUAUGGCAGAAACAAUGAAAAGGAAGACAGCUUCAUACAACCAAUCACCAAGCGAGCCCCAGAAAAGUCAUUCAACUUGGCUCCGAGUACCUUCAUCAGCAAUAUUCAAAAACAGUCAAUGGGCAAGAAGCUAGACAUAUUCACCCCACGAGCAGAAACGAAUUAUCAACACCCAAACAAAAGGUCCUUCUAUGCAGAAUCAACCAAAAUUGGAGACAUCAAUCCAGUACAUCAUCCACCUCCACUUCUAUCUUCAGGUACAACGUCAUCAAUAUCUAGUUCUCGAGCAAACCUUCAAAAGUCGAAUUUAAACAAAUACAGGAAUCCCCGUGGAAGAGCGGCGACCAGCCAAUUAGCUUCGAGAAUAACUGCAAAUAUGCGUAUUGGUACUUUGAAUCAGAGCAGUGACCAGCCUAGUGAGAUCGGGGGCAUAUUUCGGAUGGCGAACACUCAUUCAAACAUGAUAAGCAAAGGACCGGUUUUGAAUCGAAUAUUGAAGAAACAUUCACUGGGAUCUUCACGACAUUUUGCUCACUAG